CGGAUGCAGAGUGCCAACAAAAGGUCUCUCAGGCUGAAGACAGCACAAAAAACAAAAGGCACCUCAAAAUGAGGGACAAAAAGGCUGGCUGAGGACAGCAAAACCCAAAAGCGCCUCAAAACGAGGGACAAAAAGGCUGGAGAUAGCAAAACAGAAAGCGCCUCAAAACGAGGGAAAUACGAUGGCAAAAAACUAACGAAACCAAACCACAGAGCUCAGGCUGGACAAAAGGGAUCUUCUAACUACCAUCCCGAAGGGGAUUUCUGUGACUUACGUGAUCGCUAGCGUUCAAGACGGACUGGACAAAAGGGAAGAGUCAAAAUGCGGGUGCGUAUUAUACAUGGGUACAGGCUUUUUACCAGCAUUGACAUGCCAUUUUUAGGGUGCGUAUUAUACAUGGGGGCGCAUUAUACAUGAAAAAAACGGUAGAUCUGUAUUGUCUCAUAAUAGAAUGAGAUAUAAAAUAAGCAAGCUCCGUGUAUUUUUUACAAGUUAAACGAAACCAUCCUCGACGAUGUUUGACGACUGGACGGCAGUGCAAUUCAUUUAAAUUCCAGGUUAAAAAAUUUAUGAUGAAAAUGACAUUUGUUCUGCCUUUGUAUUCGCGCGUCAAAACAGACACGCCGGACUAAUUCCGUCGUCUCCGGCCACCUGCAGUUGUAAUGACAAUCAGCCGUCGACAGAGGGCAGUGUAACACAACUCUUCAAUGCCACCUGAGAAAUGAGUCCAAAAAGAGGAAGAGAAGUUAGGCAAGGCAAGGCUCAAGUGAAGAUUCUCCUUUCAUUUGUAAUUCACUCAGUGUGGAUGAGAACGGGACAAAUGCUAACGAUGCUAACACGUAGCAAGACAGAAGGCUGAGUCGAGGAAGCGCUCCCGCUACUUUUUCAAGCCUCCCUGCACUCAGCACGCCUUGAUCUCCUGUAAGUGCGCCUCGACCUCCGCAGAGACCUUCCUCGGAGCUCCUCACCAUGUGGUGGCAAAGGUCCACAGCGCCUUGGACUUGUUGCCUCCUGGUCCUGUGCGUGGCCGACGUCCGGAGCGCCGCUCCGUCGCAGUCCCGCCAAAUGGCGCCUUCGCCGUGGGCCGGCAACCUUUCAGAGAGCGCCGAGAGGAGAGUGGCGCGCCUCGGCGUGGCCUUCAAGCGCAAUGUCCGGCAGCUCCGCGACAAGGGCGCCUGCCUGGACCUGGUCUUCCUGGUGGACGAGUCGUCCAGCGUCGGCGCCGGCAAUUUUGCCAGCGAACUGCGCUUUGUGCGCAAGAUGCUCUCCGACUUCCCCGUGACGGCGGAGAACACGCGCGUGGCCCUCGUCACCUUCUCCUCCAAGACCCACGUGGUGACGCGGGUGGACCACAUCACGGCCCCCAAGCCGCACCAUCACAAGUGCUCCCUCUUCAACAAGGAGAUCCCGGCUAUCAAUUACCGAGGAGGGGGCACCUACACUAAAGGAGCCUUCCAGCGGGCCGCGCAAAUCCUGCGUCACUCCCGAGCCAACGCCAGCAAGGUCAUCUUCCUGAUCACCGACGGCUACUCCAACGGCGGAGAUCCUCGCCCCGUGGCGGCGGCCCUGAGGGAGCGCGGCGUGGAAAUUUUCACGUUGGGCAUCUGGCAGGGCAACAUCCGGGAGCUUCAUGACAUGGCCUCGCACCCCAAGGAGCAGCACUGCUACCUGCUGCACAACUUUGCCGAGUUUGAAGCGCUGGCUCGCCGCGCGCUGCACGAAGAUCUGCCCACGGGCAGCUACAUCCAGGAGGACCCGUCCCGAUGCGCGUCCUUGUGCCCGGCCGGCCGCGACUGCUGCGACGUGAUGGCCAGCUGCAAGUGCGGCACGCACAGCGGCCGCUACGACUGCGUCUGCGAGAAGGGCUACUUCGGGAAGGGGCUGCAGCACGAGUGCGCAGCAUGCCCACCAGGCACCUACAAGCCGGAGGCAACACCCGGAGGCCCCGGCACGUGCCUGCCGUGCCCGGACCGGCAGCACACGUCCCGGCCCGGCGGCACCUCGCUCGACGACUGCGUCUGCAAAGCGGGCUACCGGGCCGUCAACUUGACCUGCCGGGUGGUUCAGUGCCCGGCGCUGUCCCCUCCGCCAAACGGCUUCUUCAUCCAGAACGUGUGCAACAACCACUACGACGCGGCCUGCGGCGUCAAAUGCCAGCCGGGCUUCGAUCUCCACGGCACGGGCAUCCGGCUGUGCCGGGCCGACGCCACCUGGUCGGGCUCGCCCGCCUCCUGUCGGCCACGCUCCUGCCCGCCGCUGGCUGAGCCGGCGCACGGCACGCUCAAGUGCGGCGGCGCCUCCUACAGGGCCGAGUGCCAAGUGGACUGCGAGCGAGGCUACCGGGUGGAGGGGGAGCCCCGCCUCACCUGCCUGGCCACGUCCCGCUGGAGCGGGCCCCUCCCUCGCUGUGUGGAGAGGCGCUGCCCCCCCAUCGGGCCCCUGAAGAACAUCCUGGUGUCGCCCCCCGCCUGCACCAAAAGGCCGGCCUCCCCGGGCUCCGCCUGCAUGCUCACCUGUCGCCAGGGAUACGCUCUCCACGGAAACCGAAAGGCGCUGUGUCUGGGCUCGGGCAACUGGAGCGCCAACGUCCACAAGGCGGCGUGCAAAGACGUGGAGCCGCCGCGCAUCCAGUGCCCGGAGAGCAUGGUGGCGGAGACGGACGAACGGCGCAGCACCGCUCACGUGACCUGGGACGCCCCCGUGGCCAGCGACAACUCCGGAGAGGAGGUGGCGUUGCAGGUGAAACCCGUCUACGCUCCCCCGCAACUGCUCCCCGUCGGAACGGAGACCAUCACCUACGCCGCCGCCGACCGCUCCGGGAAUCGGGCCAACUGUUCUUUCACCGUCACGGUCAUCGACACGGAGCCCCCGGUGAUUGACAGGUGCCGGUCCCCGCCCGCGGUCCAGGCCACGGACGCCCAGACGGCGGUGGUUUGGGAAGAGCCGCAGUUUUCCGAUAACUCAGGUGGGCGGCUGCGGGUAAGCAAGAGCCAUUCUCCGGGUUCGCUCUUCCCGGUGGGCGAGACGCUGGUGCAGUACACGGCCAGCGACGCGGCGGAAAACCGCCGCACUUGCAACCUCACCGUCAGCGUGCGAGGUACCACGUGCGAGAGGCCGUACGUGCCCAUGAACGGAGAGUUUGUCUGCUCGGAGGAAGAGAACGGCGUCAACUGCACGCUGCGCUGCCAGCCGGGCUACAGUUUGACUCAGGACGCGGCGGCGCACAGCUACGUGUGUGCCCACGACGGCUUGUGGGAACCGCCCUACUCGCCCGACAGACCCGACUGCUCGGUUAACCGGGUGGCUAACAACGGGCUGAAGCCGUUCGAGAUGCUGUUCAAAGCCUCGCGCUGCGACGACGCCGACUUGGUCAAGUCGUUCGCCGGGGAGUUGAAAUCCAAACUGCGAAGCAUGCUCCCAAACAUCUGCAGCGGUGACGGCGUCGUGUGCAAACUGGAGGUCAUCCCAGAAGGCAACUGUCUGGAGUACAACUACGACUACGAGAACGGAUUCGCCAUUGUGGCGGGGGGUUGGGGUCCUCAGGGAGCUCAAGACUACGCCUACUUGGAGUCGGGCUUGGCCACAGGCGUCCGCCGGCCCGCCGGGAGACGCAGCAAGAGGCACCGAAAGAUCCGGGGCCCCACCCGGGACCAGAAGAUCCAGAUCUUUUUCAACAUCACCGCAAGCGUCCCUCUCCCGUUGUCGAGGAACGACUCGGCGGAGGUGGCCAAUCAGAGGCGGCUCCUGCGAACCCUGGAGCAGCUGACCAAUCGCCUGAAGCGCACGCUGGCCAGGCAGCCGCUGUCCACCUUCCACGUGUCCUCCGAGAUGAUCCUGGCCGACACCCAGUCGCUGCAGAGCAGGAAGGCUUCGCUCUUCUGCCGGCCGGGCUCGGUGCUCAAAGGAAGGAUGUGCGUCCAGUGUCCGGUGGGAACCUUUUUCUCAAUGGAGCAUCACGAAUGCGAGAGCUGCCGGCUGGGUUCCUACCAGGACCAAGAGGGUCAGCUGGAGUGCAAGUCUUGCCCAGAGGGCACGUCCACGGCCUACCUGCACUCGCGCAACGUGGCCGAAUGCAAAGGCCAGUGCAAGCCCGGCAGUCACUCCGCCAACGGCUUGGAGAUCUGCGAAUCCUGCCCGCUGGGUCACUUCCAGCCCGCUUACGGCGCCAGGGAGUGUCUGCUCUGUCCCGACCGGACCUCCACUGUCACCCGGGGAGCGGUGGACCAGAAGGAGUGCGGAGUUCCGUGCUCGGCAGGUCAUUUCUCCCGAACGGGCCUGGUUCCUUGCUACGCCUGCCCCAGAGAUUACUACCAGCCCGAUCACGGACGCUCGUAUUGCCUGUCGUGCCCCUUCUACGGAACCACCACGGUUACCGGGGCCACCACCAUCCAGCAUUGCUCCAGUUUCGGCUCCAGCUUUCUUCCCAAAGAGGAGAGCGCGACGGCCGCUCCGGAGGUCAUCGAGGACUACCAAGCCGGCAGCCAGGUUUUCCACGAGUGUUUCCUGAAUCCCUGUCAGAACAAGGGAACGUGCGAAGAGGUGGGAGCCGGCUACGUCUGCACGUGCACGCCCGGAUUCACGGGCGCUAAGUGCGAGGCGGACGUGGACGAGUGCGACUCGGCUCCGUGUCAGAACGGAGGCCUGUGUAAGGACGGCAUGGGAGAAUUCCAGUGUCAGUGCAAGGCAGGAUUUUUAGGCUCUUUGUGCGAGGCGGAGGCCAACGAAUGUCUCUCAUCGCCGUGCCUGAACAAAGGCGUGUGUGUGGACGAGGUCAACCGAUUCUCCUGCAGUUGUGCCGCCGGCUUCACAGGACCUCGCUGCGAAGUGGAAAUCAACGAGUGUCUGUCCGACCCGUGCCAGAACGACGGCGCCUGCGAGGACUUGACGGGCGGCUACGCUUGCCGGUGCGCCGUCGGCUUCUCGGGGGACCGCUGCGAGGUGGACGUGGACGAGUGUAGCUCCGCCCCCUGUCUUAACGGCGCCACCUGCGCGGACGGCGUGGCCGAUUUCAGGUGCGAGUGCGUGGAGGGCUACACGGGUCGGCUUUGCGAGGUGGACGUGGACGAGUGCGAGCCCAACCCCUGCGCCAAUGGGGCCAGCUGCCUGGAUGCUCUGGGCUCCUACGCUUGCCGCUGCCUCCCCGGCUUCAACGGGACCAGGUGUGAGACAGAAAUGUCGGCGGCUUUCAACUUGGACUUUGAGGUGUCGGGCAUCCACGGUUACGUGUUGAUGGACGGCGUGAUGCCGGCGCUCUCCGAGAUCACGUGCACCUUCUGGAUGAAGUCGUCGGACACCACCAAUUACGGCACGCCCGUCUCCUACGCCGUGGAGGGCAGCGACAACGCCUUUCUGCUCAUAGACUACAACGGGUGGGUUCUGUACGUGAACGGAAAGGAGCGAAUUACCGACUGCCCGCCGGUGAACACGGGCGGCUGGUACCACAUCGGCGUCUCCUGGCGGAGCUGGGACGGCGACUGGAGGAUCUACAUCGACGGCAAGCCCUCGGACGGAGGCAAAGGCCUGUCGGUCGGCACCAGUAUCCCAGGUGGAGGGGCGCUGGUAUUGGGUCAGGACCAAGACCAGAGAGGCCAAGGCUUCAACCCGGUGGAAUCCUUCGUCGGCUCCAUCAGCCAGCUCAACAUCUGGGAUCGCGUCCUCACGCCCCAACAGAUCAAGGUCCUGGCCAGCAGCUGCCCCGCCUCCCACGUCACUCACCGAGGGAAUGUUCUGGCCUGGCCGGACUUUCUCAAUGGAGCUCUGGGCCGAGUCAAAGUGAACCUCAGCAGCAUCUUCUGCGCCGACUGCCCGCAGCUGGAGAACGCUGCACCGCACCUCCACGCCUCCACAAUGGAGGUGAGUCCUGGCGCCCAGGUUCAGCUCUCGUGCGAUCCGGGCUUCUACCUAGUGGGGGAGCCGCUUCUCCAGUGCCAAAAUCAAGGAGAGUGGAGCCACCCUCUUCCCAGCUGCGAACGCGUAUCCUGCGGGCCCCCUCGCCCCCUGGCGAACGGCGAGUUUCAGGGCGACGACUUCCACGCCGGCGGCUCGGUGGUCUACCGCUGCGAGCUGGGCUUUUACCUGCUGGGGGACGCCAAGGUGCACUGCUCCAACAGCGGCAAGUGGGGAGGAAAUCCCCCGGCGUGUCUCGACGUAGACGAGUGCGCCCUCGGAUCCGACUGCGACGGUCACGCCAGCUGUCGGAACACGGACGGCUCGUACACAUGCACCUGCAUCCACCCGUACAGCGGCGACGGCAAGAACUGCACAGAGCCCGUCAAGUGCGAGCAACCCGGCGAACCCGACUUUGGCCACAGAGAGGGCAACGACUUCCUGAUGGGCAGUCAAGUGGUUUUCCACUGCCAGAGCGGCUACCAAUUGAUGGGCGCGGCUCAACUGCGGUGCCUGGAGACGGGAAGCUGGGACGGCCCCGUUCCGUACUGCCGAGCCCAAUCUUGCCCGGCGCCAUCUGUUCCAGAGAAUUCCAUCAUGAAAGGAAGCAACUUCACCUAUGGAAGCAAGGUGACUUUCAGCUGUAUGCCGGGUUUCAUCCCUCAAAGCCCCUACGAGGUCCAGUGUCUUUCCAGUCUGGUGUGGAGCGGGACGCCCCCUGUCUGCCAUCCCGUGUCCUGCGGGGCGCCGCCCAUCGUCGGCAACGCCUACUACACCCUCACCGCCAACACGUACAAGUCGAUUGUGUCGUACGCCUGCGCCGAGGGCUUCAGGCCGCAGGGCCCCGUGGAAGUGACCUGCCAAGACACGGGCGAGUGGAGUCGGCCCCACCCCCGCUGCGUCAGCGUCCUGUGCGGCGACCCCCCGGCCCUGCCAGACGCCGUGACCCGAGGAGAGAACUACGAGCUGGGGAAUAAGGUGCACUAUGUCUGCAAGGAAGGCUACACCAUGAUCGGCUCCGGGACCAGGGAGUGUCUGGCAAACGGCGGCUGGAGCGACAGCUCGGCUCAGUGCGUGCCUCGCUCCUGCGGGCCCCCGCCGGCCGUGGACCACGCCGAGCCCUACGAGAGCCACCAGCUGUUCGGGGACACGGCCAAUUAUUACUGCACCGACGGCUACGCGGCGGCGGGCGCCAACUCCAAGAUGGUGUGUAACGCUCAGGGCCUGUGGGCGCCCCCCGACGGAGAGGAGCCCCCGCGCUGCGUGGCCAACUUCUGCCUGCGCCCGCCGGAGCUCCCCCACGCCAUUUUGGACUCGCUGGGCAAAAGCAGGUACGCCAGCCACUCGGAGGUCAGCUACAAGUGCGAGGAGGGCUUUGUGCUCAACAACGGCACGGCCACGCUGCGCUGCCUCCCGGGAGGGGAGUGGGAGCCGCCGGCGCGGCGAGUGGCCUGCGUGCCCGUGCGCUGCUCCCAGCCCGGCGCCAUCGAUCGCGGCUACGUCAGCGGAAGCGACUACGCUUUCGGGGCCGUCGUGGCCUACAGCUGCGAUAAGGGCUUCCUGAUCCGAGGGGAGAAGAGGCGCACCUGCAGAGCCGACGGGGAGUGGGCCGGAGCGUUGCCCGUCUGCGUUCCUGUGUCCUGCUCGCCGCCUCCGCCGCUCAAAAACGGCUACGUCCAGGUCCGCGGUCGGUUCACCUUCAACAGCAAGGUGAUCUACGCCUGCAACGCCGGCUACAAACUGCUGGGUCGUCCGGAGCGAGUUUGCCAGGCCAACCGCCAGUGGUCCGACAAGGACCCGCCCACCUGCGUCCUCUUGACCUGCGACCCCCCUCCCCAAAUUGCGCGCGGGCGCUACGCCGGCACGGACUUCCAGGUGGGCCGCAAAGUGGAGUACUCGUGCGACGAGGGCUACGAGCUGGCGGGCGACGCCGUCUGGACCUGUCUCAAGUACGGCCGGUGGGACAAGUCCAGGCGUCCGCGCUGCUCCCCCGUGCGCUGUCCGGAGCCGCAGCUGGAGGAGAACCACCUGCUGGUGAAGAGCCUGGACUCGGAAACGGGAACCGUGGAGUUAUCCUGCGAGGACGGCUACGCGCUGCGGGGGCCGCGGGUCCUCCGCUGCUCGCCCUCCCGCGAGUGGAACGGCACCUUCCCGCUGUGCGAGCGGGUGCUCUGCGGCCCUCCUCCUGACGUGGCCUUCGGGGCUCCUUCCUCGCCGCCGCCGCCGCCGCCGCCUUUUCCGUUCACCUCGGCGGUGAGCUACGAAUGCGUGGACGGCUUCACCUUUCGCAAAGAGGACUCCGUGUCCUGUCUGUCCAGCGGCGAGUGGAGUCGCCCGUACCCGGAGUGCGUUCCCGUCGAGUGCCCCCAGCCCGUGGACAUUUCCGACGGCACGGUGGACGUUCAGGGCCUGAUGUACCUCAGCAAGGCGCUCUACGGCUGCAAGAGCGGAUACCGGUUAGCGGGCAACGCCACGCUCCUGUGCGGGGAGAAGGGACUCUGGGUGGGAGGGGUGCCUUCCUGCCGCCCCGUGGAAUGCUCGCCUCCCAAACAGAUGGCCGACGGCAAAGUCACAUUCACCAAACUGCAGUUUGGCCACAGCGUGGCCUACUCCUGCCGCCGCGGUUACCACCUCCAAGGCCCGGAGACUCUGGAGUGCCUCGCCAGCGGGGAGUGGAGCGGCGAGCCGCCCGCGUGCGUGCAGAUAUCCUGCGCCCCUCCCCAGCCCGUCCAAAACGGCUUCGUGGAAGGCCAGGAUCACGGUUUCGGUGUCACCAUUUUCUACAGCUGCUUCCCCGGCUUCCGGCUGAUGGGGCAGGACCACCUGACGUGCGAGGAGUUUGGCUGGUCCAGCGCCGCCCCCGUCUGCGUGCCCUCCGACUGCGGCCUGCCCCCUCACAUCGACUUCGGGGACUACGUCAGGGCCGCCGAGGCGGGGGGGGGCUCCCCGGAAGACCUGAGCUUCCUCCACGGGGCCACCGUCGACUAUCGAUGUCACAAAGGCUACGACCUGACCAGCGCCACCAGGCUGGCGUGCCAGGAAGACGGGAGCUGGAACGGGACGGCGCCCUCCUGCGUCCCGGCCGAGUGCGUGACGCCCCCGAGCCCCGAGCACGGCCGCGUCAACGUGACGGACACCUUCCGAGGCAGUACGGUCACGUACGCCUGCGAGGAAGGCUAUCGGCUGGAGGGAGCGGCGGUCAGGCGCUGCUUGUCGGGGCAACUGUGGACCGACGACGCCCCGCUCUGUCGCCCCGUGUCUUGCGGAGACCCGGGGCCCGUGGCCAACGGCGCCGCUCGCGGAGGCGCCUUCGUCUACCCCGCGGUCCUGCGCUAUACGUGCAAUCCCGGCUUCCUCCUCCAGGGCCACGAUAGCGUCGCUUGUCAGGCUGACGGGAAAUGGAACGGACGCAAACCGGAGUGCCGGUCGGUGUCUUGCGGCCCUCCCGACCUCGCCGCCGACAUCACCUUCGAAGGCGACGACUUUGCGUACGGCGCCGCCGUCCGACUGGGCUGUAAGCCCGGUUUCCUCCUUCGAGGCGAGUCGCUCAGUAUUUGUCAAGCUGACGGCAGCUGGAGCCACCGCUCCCUCAGCUGCCUCCCCGUCCGCUGCGAGAAGCCACCCCCGAUAGCCCACGGCCGAGUCGUGGGCUCCGACUUUGCCCCGGACGCCGAGGUCAAGUACGAAUGCGAACCAGGGUACGCCGCGGUCGGGGAGCCGACGCGCCGCUGCGGGUCCGACGGCCUGUGGGACGAACCGGCGCCGCGCUGCGACCCCGUGGGCUGCGAUCCGCCCGAGGACAUCAGCCACGGCUUCCUGAACGGCUCCACCUUCAACCGCGGCGACGUGGUGGAGUACGUCUGCUUUGAAGGCUACGUGGCGGUCGGGGACCCCGUCCUGCGCUGCUCGGCCGAAGGCGUCUGGAUCGGCGGCGUGCCCCGGUGUCAGCCCUGCGUCUGCGCCCUCCCGCUCUUGAAAUUCGGGGCGGUUCUGGGCCGCCGGCGCGCCUGCGGCGACCGGGUGGACUUCCGCUGCGACGAGGGCUACUCGCUGUUGGGUCCGGCUCACGCCGUGUGCGAGGAGGGAGGUGUGUGGAGCCCCGGCGUCCCCGUGUGCGGCCGCGGCAGGUGCGCCCUCACCCCGCCCACCGUUCCCAACGGCGUUCUGCUGGGCGCCAGCGCCGCCUUCCCGGACACCGUGGUGUACAGGUGCAGGCCCGGCUACCGGCCCAGGGGUUUGCCGCACCUCUCGUGCGGCGGAGACGGCAAAUGGGCCGAGCCCAGGAUCCGCUGCGAGCCCGUGGGCUGCGGAGAGCCUCCCGCCGUUGCUCAUUCUCAAGUGGAAGGAGGGGCCUUUACCUUCCCCAACCGCGUCACCUACAGGUGUGAGGAUGGCUACGAGCUGGCCACAGCCGCAGCGACUCUCUCCUGCCUCAGCGACGGCACUUGGUCCAAAGGCAGCGUCCGUUGCCGCCCCGUCCCCUGCCGCCUCCCCGCCAAUCACUCCGUCCCCCACCUGGCCAUCGCCGGACAGGAGCUCACCCCCGUCGGGGGCACGCUCGCCCUCUCCUGCCGGGCCGGCUUCUCCCUGCGAGGCUCGGCGCUCGCCCAAUGUCAGAUGGGCGGAAGCUGGUCCCCGAGCAUCGCCUCGGCUCGGUGCGAGCCGACGGCGUGCGACGCGCCGCCUCCUCUGGCCGACGGUGUCCGCGAGGGGGACAGCUACAACUACGGAGAUGUUGUCACGUACUCGUGCCUGCCCGGCUUUGAGAUCCAGGGGGACUCUGUCCAGACCUGCCAGGCGGACAAAACGUGGAGCGGUACUCGACCGGCCUGCCUCGCGCGGUCCUGCGGGCCUCCCCCGACCGUCAAGAACGCGACGGUGCGAGCCACGGGAGAAACGUACCUGCACAACGCCAGCUUCGCGUGCCAGGCCGGCCUGCGGCUGCUCGGCCCCGCCACGCUUGUCUGUCUGGCCAACGGCACCUGGAGCCUGCCCGUGCCUUCCUGCGAAGCUGCUCGGGGCUGCGAGGGCCCCGAGCGGAUGCUUCACGGCAAAGUUCAAGAACACAACCUGAUCACCGGACGCGCGUUGGCCUUCGCCUGUGACCAAGGCUACAGCCUGGUGGGAGAUGCCCUGGUCAUGUGCAUGGGGGGCAACACCUGGAGCUCGGCCUUCCCCGCUUGCCAGCCCAAAGCGUGCCCGACGCCUCCCGGCUGGAAGGACGGCCGCGCCGAGGGCCGCAAGUUCUACGUGGGUCAGGCGGUGCGGGUCAACUGCCCGAAAGGCCAGCAGCCGAGAGGGGGCGGCGCCAUCACGUGCAGGCCGGACCAGACCUGGAGCACCCCCAGCUCCGUGUGUGAAAGGGUCUCCUGUGGCCCCCCCCUCCACGUGGCCCACGGGCUGGUUCGGGGAGCGGUCUUCCAGUUCGGGGACGUGGCCGCGUACUCGUGUUUUGGCGGCUACGCCAUGGAGGGCGUCGGACGGAGCCGCUGUCUGGAGAAUGGCAGCUGGACGCCGCCUCCCACCUGCAGAGCUGUGUGUUGGCUGCCGUGCCAGAAUGGAGGCGUGUGUCAAAGGCCCAACACCUGCGCCUGCCCGGAAGGAUGGAUGGGCCGACUCUGCGAGGAGCCCAUCUGCAUCCUGCCGUGCUUGAACGGAGGGCGCUGCGUGGCUCCCUACCAGUGCGAGUGUCCCGCCGGGUGGACGGGCACCCGUUGCCACAGCGCCGCGUGUUUGUCGCCUUGUCAGAACGGAGGCAGAUGCAUCAGGCCCAACCGCUGCCACUGCAGUCCGGGGUGGGGUGGACACGACUGCUCCAGGAAACGGAGGUCGGGAUACUAUCACUUCUAAGCAUUUCUCUGGCCCCUGUUGGGAGGGGACUUCCUCACAAAGCAAGAAUCCAUUUGUAAUAUAAAGCUGUAUUAUUUUUUUCAUUAUUAAGAAACAACAGUAUUGAACAUACGCUGCUAUAUAUACACACACACACACACACACACACACUUGUACAAAUGAUGGAUGUGUUUGUCCAGUCUAUGUAAAGUAACUUUUUUUUAAAUUGAAUUAAAGCAUAAAUGGCUGUAUUUGCUUUUGACACACUUGGUAGGUGUUUUGUGAUGACAGAAAGAGUCCCAAGUUACCAGUGAUUAAACCCACAGCGAAAAUCAUUUCCGAGCAACUCGGGCCAAUGUUUUAUUGAAGCGACCUUCUUGUCACUUGUUCCAACGGACACACACAAGACAUGCACUGAAUUCAUGCUGGGUGGAAUAAAGACGGUUACUGUUGUUUA